UAAAAACAUAUUUCAUUUAAAAAAUUUUCCGGCUUUAGUUACUUUCGAAUUUUAGAUUUGGCAAAAAAUCUGUAAAUCGUUAAAAUGCAAGAAUUUCAAAAUUUAUUUGAAGAGGUUGACGACCUUAUAAAAGAAGCCAAUACAUUGAGUGCCGAAUUUUUAAAAAGCAGCGGCGAUAGACUUUAUGAAGAUAGAGAUUAUAAAUCUGCUUUACAUGAUUACAACGCUGUCAUAACAGAAUUUUCCGGACUAUGUCAAAACUUGGGUUCUGUGUAUUCCAACCGCUCCGGCUGUCUUCUAAAACUUGAGAAUUGUAAGAGUGCACUUGGUGACGCACUCAUUGCUUUAGAACUAGAUAGUAAUGAUGCGGAAGCGCACAUAAAUUUAGUGAGGUGCUAUAUAACCCUUGGUGACAUAUCUGCUGCAGAAGAAGCACUUGAAACGAUCUACGAGAAGUUUGGUAAAAAUUUUAGGUGUAUACGCGAAUUAACUUCUGAAUUUGAAAAACUACGUGAUAUAGAUACAAAAUUAAGUUCUAGUUUAGAUGCUAAGGACUUUAAAGAUACAUUAGAAGACUUGAAAUGUGCAAUGAAAUGUGCACCUGGCUGUAUUCGAUACCGUAUCCUUCACACUGAGUGCCUGGCUUAUAUGAAACAAUCGGACAUGGCCGUUAGGGAUGCUGCAAGUGUUUUACAUACUGACUGCAACUGCAGUGGAGCACAUUACGUUACCGGACUAAGUAGUUACUUUAAAAGCUAUCAGCAUAUGGGUGUUGAUCGAUGCAAGCAUGUAUUGCUAUUAAGUCCAGAACACAAAAAAUCGCAGCAAUUUGUAGAAAAAAUCCAAAAACUUAAUGAGUUGAAAGAAAGAGGUAAUCAAGUUUUCAUGCAAUAUAAAUUUCAUGAAGCAAUAGCACUUUAUACUCAGGGUCUAAAUCUAGAUAAGGAUGAUAUGACAUUUAGCUAUAAAUUUCUACACAAUCGUGCCUUAGGUUAUUAUAAUCUUCGAGACUAUGAGAAAGCAAUCGAUGACUGUACGAAUGCGCUCAUUUUAAGAAGGGAAUAUUUCAAGGCAUACAUCUUGCGCGGUCGGUGUUACAAUAAGUUGGGAAUGUACAAGGAUUCUGUUGCUGAUUUUGAAGCAGCUUCAAAAGUAUGUGCUUGUCGAGAAAUCAGGGUAUUACUCUGCAAUGCAAAAUUUGAUCUGAAAUGUUGUUCUCAAUUAUCCUAUUAUUCCAUACUUGGUAUAAGUGAGUCAGCAACUCAAAAAGAUCUUAAAAAAGCUUACAAAAGACUAGCACUCUUGUAUCAUCCGGAUAAACAUGCCAGUAGCAGUGUUACAAAGCGCUCCAAGGCUGAGCAAGUCUUCAAAGAAAUAAACAAAGCGUAUACCACAUUGAUUGAUCCAGCACAGAAGCUUCGUUACGAUCAAUCUUUUCGUGAUCGUAAGAAAAUUUACACAAAUGAAGCUGAGGUUUUGCGUAAAUUCUUUUGUAAUUUGCCGAACUUUUGGAACGGAGGAAAUUAACUUACAUUUUAAAAUGCAGAAUAUAAUUCCUAGAUUUACAGAUUGAGUACAUCAAAAAUAUUUUAAGGUCUACAAACUAAACAAAAAAAUAAAUUUCAGUUAUUU